AGCUAUGGGUGAGAGAGGCUGAACAACUUCAUGUAUUCCUUUGCAAAAAUCAUGAUUUAUAUUUAAUUCCUGUACACGAGUUAUAUAUUUAACUAGUUAACUUGUCUUGAAAUACAUAAAUUUAAUACAUCUUCUCAUAUCCGAUAUUAAUGCGCAAUUCCUUCCUAUACCGAUUGAAGCUAAAAAUAAUUGGAUUUUAUUUUACCUCUACAAAUUUCUGACGGUCAGUUUACUCGUUUAGCUAAUAAAUAGUUGAAAUUAGACGCGAAACUGAGAUUUGAACGUACUGAGUCGAAUUCAUUGUUUGACUUUACACAUGUUGAUGCAAUGGGAUUUACCGACGGCUCAAAAGGCGGUUUUUAACUUAGGGAAUCAUCCAAGAUAUAUAGGAAUCUUUUUUUGUUUUAUAUUAUUAUUUUAUUUUUUUCAUGCUUUUUUUGGGGGCCUGGUGUAUUUCGCACUAGGCAUUAUUGUGGGCGUUUGCGCCCUGGGGUUAACCCACGAAAAUGGUAACAUCGUCUUGAAUAUAAAACAUCCGAAGGUAGAGGGUCCUUCUCAGUGUAUCCCUCAAAGAUAUCCUCAACAUAACCUCCCAAAAGAAUUGGAAGCACCACUUCUUCUUCUCAUAACAAAACUGACACAUCACUAUAUACACGGUUGGUAUUCGCAUGUGAGUAGUGAUAUGUCGUUUGUUAAAGAGGUUGAGAACACCAUUGGAUAUAUCAUGAGAAACUUCUACUCUUACUUGAGCACUCAAGAUUCUUCCUACUUAAUUUUUGAGAUGCUGAAGAACGUUUUGAAUACCCUUACGUUGUUGCUUUCCGAUCUAAACGUAUUUUUGAGCAAGAAAAUGCCCAUUGCGGAAUUUGCCGUCCGUUAUCCCAACUCGGCUGUUGCAAAAAUGCUGGACAAAGCGGCAAACGAGCAAGCCUUACGCUCUCAAGCUUCUGCAAUGAUAACAAAGUUUUGCAAAUCUGAAGAUGCCGCUUGCCUUCCGUUACACGUUUUACUUCGGGAAGUUCUCGCUAUGCAGGUUUUUAAAAAGAUUACAACUCAUUGUGCAAAGCCAGUGUUUGUUAAUCGUUGUAUUAUCCUUUGCCUUUCUCCUUCAAAGGAAAAGGAUGAGUGUAUAAGUAGGAACAGGUAUAUAAAUCGAUGUCUUCUAAAUAAAACACUCAAAGACUCAUCCCCCUUAUCGACCUUACCUACGGAUGACAGCCCUCAGACUUCUUACUCAUUUAAUAAUGCACUUUUUGAAGCGGAAAUUCAUAUUCAAUAUCGAUCACUUGAUGCUAAAGAACUCAUUUCUCCGAUAAAGGAUAAAAAGAAUCUGAAAUUUAUUAUAACGGUACAUUCUUCGUAUCUCGAUAUCCCUCCUUGGAUUGUCUACCGGACUUACUCAAGUCUCAAAUCUAUGUACAAAGAUCUGCGAAAAGAGUUCCUUCAUGCGACUGGAGCCCCUCUCAUGUUUCCCCGGUGGAGAAACCAAACAUAUGGUCAUUUCCGACAGAACUUGUCCGCAUAUUUGAAUGGGAUAGUCCAAGUUCCAAAGUUAUCCAACGAUGCCGUUGUUCGGCAUUUCUUUUGCAAGUCUUUGUCGUUUCAACCUUUACCCGACGAUAUAGUCGAUGGGAUGGAAAGGCAGAACAAUUCAUCUUUUUCAACCGUUUCAAAUAAGAUUUUAGAAGUAACGAGGAUCGUAAGUGGGAGAUCUGGGCAUUCAAAAACUUCAGAAGAUUCCUCGACUUCGGAACCUACGUGGAAUACCAAGUUUGAGAGAAGCAUGCUGGAGGAUACCGAUUUGAGCAAUAUCCCGUCAAAUGAACUUUCAUCCAUGGAAGAUGAUAAUCAAUCUUUUGAAAAUAAAAAUGAAGGAAAAAAUCAUUCCAGAUGUUCUUCUGAAAGCAAUCCAUUUGGGGAUGAACCUUCUGCCUUUCGUAUUCAAGAGGAAGCUUUAAAGGAGAUUAUUGAUAGUGGGUUUGCCCUUUUUGGUGAACUUUCUUGUUUAAAUCCUAAAACUUGGUUUUUUCGGCGAACUGUCUUGUCUGUACUGAAGUCAUUACUUUUGUAUGGGCCGGUAGACGUUUCUGGGAUAGUGGAAAAAAUGCUUAAAGACCACGUGUUUGCAAAGCUCUCAAACACGCAGUUGCUUGGUGACUUUUUUACUUCAUUGAUUCUCAAUAUAUGGCCUGAAGAAAAAGAAAAAGUUCAGGAGCAUUUAAGGAACUUACAACAAGCAAAAGCCCAUGAAAAUGAGGAUGGCGCAAACUGGGAUUCUGCUCCAGGUAAUAAAGAUGAUACUGACUUGUAUUUGGAGGAAGCUAUGAAGAAUAGUUUAUUUAAUAGCCAUUCGGCAUUUGCUGUGCAACAAAAAAAUGAAGAACAGAUGCGGGUUGAAGCCAAAGAACUCUUUCUUAACAACGCAUAUGCUGAUAAUGCUUCGUUUCUAGGACCCUUGACAUCAGGAGAUAGUCUACGGGUUUUGUUUGACCUGCUUCAAGAAUCCGAUUUAGUUGAAGGAUUUUUGGCACACGUUCUUAGUAAUGCGCUUCAUAGCAUUAUUUAAGACUGUUCGGAUUUGCUAUGCACCAUAUUACGUUUUAUUUAUUUUACUGUGCAAUAAUGUAAUAAAUAGCAUUUAUGAUCUUAAUACCUUUUAAUCUUACUUUUAUAUGCAAUUAGUACUAUCCGCUCAACUUUGAAGCAAUCUGAUCUAUGCAGGAGUUUUGUUCCAUUGAAAUUAAUUGUUUGAUUUGUUAGAUCGAGGUUGUCCAUACAUUUUAGAACUUUCUUACUAAAUUUAGUGAUAAUACUUGUCUUUUUUGUUUUUAUUUUUAUUGUAAGUACGUCUUCUCAUUAUAAAUAACGGUAUUCAGUCUUUACAUUCACAUGCUUACUUUUACAAAAUGCGUUCUUCAUUUAUUUAUUCUUCUUACAGAUUGUACAGAAAGGCUAAAGAAGAGUCCUUGGUAGAAACCAACAAUUCCUUCACCAAACCC